UUGAGGCAGCAGCUGUAGCACUCUGUCCAACUUAACUUCACUCAGCUGACUGAGUAAAGCAGGUGAAACCCCGGUGGUUUACUCCCAACAUGUGGCUGUGGGCACUGCUUCCCGUUUGCCUGUCUGUCUUUGGCACUGUGGGCAUUUGGACGGUGUUUGGUAUAGCUGUAUCAAAUGGUUCUGUCAACUUAACAGAAGGGUUCCCGUAUAUCAGCAAAUGUGGCACUUACAACCCCCAGAGCUGUCUCUUCUCCCAGAUCUGUAACAUCUGUGCUUUUUUAGCCCUGUGGGUUGUGGUGAUCCGCUUCCAACAGAUCAGGGACUUCGGGUACCAUGGAAAAGCCAACAAGAUCAGCAUUGUUUUGGGGUUCAUCUCCACCUUUGGAAUCUCCAUCCUCGGUAACUUCCAGCAAUCAGUCAUAAUGGGAGUUCACCUCUUGGGAGCGUUCCUCGCUUUCUUCAUUGGCCUGGCCUACUUCUGGGUGCAGCUGUUUCUAACCUAUCGGACUGAGCCGUCCCAGCACAAACACUGGGUGGGCCCUGCCAGGGCGACCGGCUGCACCAUUUGUACCAUCUUGGUCAUCAUCAUGUCUGUCCUCCACAACACAGGAUACCGUUCAUGGGCUGCCAUCGGUGAAUGGGUCUUAGUCAUGUUGUUCUUCUUCCUGUUCGGCCUCUUUGCUGCAGAGUUCAAACACAUCGACUACCACCACCUCAUUGUGCAGAAACAGGCUCUUAGCAACUGCAAGGACAGCGAACCGGUGGAGAUGAAUGGUCACAUGGCAUGACCACACACACACUCACACCCCUGAGACCCUGUACCUGCUAGACCAGAAACCAAGAUAUUUAAAAUGUGACCAAACCUCUGAGAUUAUGCCAAGAAUUUACACCAACUUAAUUUGGAGACUCGGGAAUAACGCAGCAUAGGCUUGUAGGGUGUUGGGUUGUGUUUUCUAUGCAGGUAGGAUGUAGAUACAGUGCUCAUGUGGCACUAGCCUAGAGUUUAAACGUUAUGGUGCAUCAUUUACACUUGUAUAUGUAGUAUGAUGUAUUGCAGCUAUUGAUAGUUAUGACAUUAGUCACAUCUGUUUAUCUGCAGUACUUGGAUAAAGAGGCUAAUUCCAUGCACAGAAUUGUGAAAAACAGUCAGCAGUGGCCUUAAGAAACAUUUUAUAAACAUAAUUUAUAACGUAGAACAGGUGAGCCUAACCAAGAUUUCUUGUAUUGCUCUGUGCUACAGCCCUGAGCUUGCACACAUAGCAAUAAGUGCAUGAUAACACAAGGUGGCGCCAUUGAACCAUUAUUC